AUGGGGCAGUGGUGGGUUGAUUCCCGCAUCGAAGCCACCGUCACUCGGUCAUAUGUCGUCAGUCAGCUUCUUCCUGACGAGGUUGAGCGCCUAGAUCGCCCUGUUGCCUUUGGUGGAGAGGAUCUAACUGAGCGCACAUACUGGGAAAGUAUCCGGAAUGAUGCGCCUCGCCUGUUUCUCAUCCUCGUCGACCUCGGUGUUCCUGACCAGAUCUUUGGUGUUGUCGACGAUGGUUGGGAUGAUGCUGAGCUCCCAAUUGCCCUCGAAGAUGUGGACCGAUUGCUGUUGACCGCCACCCGUGACGAAAAGGUAGAGAAGAAGUUCUACCAGCGCCAGUUUCACUUCCUUUUGAAGUCUCUGCAACGUGGGAACCAUGUAACAUAUAAGGACAAUGAGGUAGUGCCACUAGACGUCGUUGAAAAACCUUCGCUACCCACGCACAAGUCAAACGGGCAUGACAAGGUCAGACUCCCUAACAUUCCAGGGGAAACCUUUUGUCGGCGACGAUAUGUGCUUGGAAACGGGCCCGGGGCUGUUCCGAUGCAGGACUUUCUUGAUGCGGUACACGGAAUCAAAGGCCUGCAGAACGAACACAUGAUCUCUUACUGGGCGUCUUAUACACAACACGGAUGUGGAUACGUUCUCUUCACGCCGUCGAGCGACUUCACCCUCAAGUCGUUUCUAGCGACAACACCUUCACAAUUCAAGAAUCUCGCUAAAGCUCGCCGAAGAGAGCUCAUCAUGAAUUGGAUCCUUUGUCUCGUCGACACGCUCUGCGACUUUCAUAGCAAGAAUCAGUCCCAUGGAUACAUCAAACCCUCAACCAUCUUCUUCACCAACCAAAAUCACGUUUUCUAUUCCGAUUCAACUCGACUUACACCUGAUAACGUGAUUCUUCACACUGAUAAAUCGUCAUUCGAUCGCGAACGGUACGACUAUGCAGCGCCAGAACUGUGGUCUCGACCUGCCGGGGCGACAAGCCCGUCACACAGAUACCCGUCGUCGGAUGAGGGCCAUUUCGGAAUGAUACAGACAUACGACCCGAACGGCUCACCAAAUACCAUGUUCAUCGCCCCAAGUCCUCAGUAUAGCGGCCAACAAGCCGACAUAUUCUCAGUUGGCUGCAUCAUACUGGAAUUGCUAUCAUAUUUAGUCAAACGAACAUCAAGCAAAUUUGCGGGCUUUCGAUCAGCUAAACAUAAGACAGCUGGUCGUGGCGGCGCAGUGCUGGAUACAUCUUUUCACAAGAACCUUGGACAGGUUGAACUAUGGAUGUCGGGUCUUGCGAAAGACGCGACUCGAAAGUCAACAUCUACCAAGGAUGGUGCAAACAUCCUCAAAGGUGUUCACCCUAUGCUACAUGUUGUGACGGGCAUGUUGGCGAUGAACCCAUAUGAUCGGCCACCCGCCAUCGAAGUACAGCAACGUGUCUAUCAGAUUUUAACCGAUAUUUGCAACAUUUCGGAACCACACUGUGUACACCAAUAUUCGCAGGAUCUCGAAGCGUCAUUUGGCGGAUUACAGAUUCAUCCCAUGGGUGAUGGCACCGUGGGCAGCCUACCAGGCGGGUCGAACACUACGUACGGAACACCAAGGACUUAUCAACACAGCCGAAAUGGCAGCAGCGGGGGAUAUUCGCAAGUGAGCCGCACGACAGGUAGUAGCGAAACCGACAUGGAAGCAAUCCAUCAAGUAGGAUCAGUCGGCCUGCACCAAGUACGAACCCAAAACUCAUGGCCACGCAACGUGGCAUAUUCACAAUACGCAGGAGUGUCGCAAUACUCGGCAGGUCAAUGGGACAGCCACACUGCAUGA